UUUUAAAUUUAGUACAUAAUGAAGACUACAUUGUACAUAUUGGUUUGGAUGGAAAAUGUGUCAUCACAGAUAUCAGUAUGUCAUAUAUUACAUGUUUGCCGCCAAAAUCAGUACCUCGAACUAAUCAUACAGAUGUAAAUACUGUACAUGUUAUCGUGGAAGUAAAAAAGAUCAUGGCGUACAUCGGUGACUUGCAGUAUACAGAAGAUGACAAUGACGUUUCCCUUCUUGUUGGACUUUUAAUUGGUGGACUGGUUACAUCUAUUAUUAUUGGUAUUUCGGCUAUAUCAAUUUUAAGGAGAAAUAAGAAAAGAGCUGUUAAAAAAUGGAAAAUGGAAAUGAGCGAAGGUUUGUCUGAAAGGCAAGCGAACUUAAGAAAUGACGAUGAACUUGAGGAAAAUGGAUCGACAUAUUGUGAAAUAAAUCCAGAUGAUGAGUUACAAGUCGCUACAAAUAUUAACAAACAUCAAGAUAUCAAUGAAGGAUACGAACAGCUCGCACAUCGAUCGCAAAAAGACCCGUAUAAUCAGCUAAAUAAGGAAAGUCCUGACAAGCGAGUAGGAGACAUGAUAAGUGUUGAUGAUCCUCCAGAGUAUUCACCCGAUAAUGGUAACAUGAAACUAGAAUCAUAGGAUGAAUCAUACAUAGUUUCUUGACAGUUACUGUCCACAUUUCCACUAUUGCUAUCAGUGUGAACAUUGUCUGCAUGUUUGGCAUUGUCACACUUGUCAGCAUUAUCGCAAUGUCAGCAUUGUAACCAUUGUCACCAUCCGUUAUUCAUAUGAAUAUUAUUGUUUUAUUAUUCUUAUUUCUAUUUUUUUAAUUAAUUUA